AAUUUCUUUCUGCAGCAGAGAACCCCCAGAAAACCAAAAAUUGCUGAAGAAACAACGGAAAGAAAAUAUAAUUAUUGAAGGGUUUUCGUUCUUUUCCAGGCUCUCACUCCUUUCGAUUGUUGGUGCGGCUUUAUCUCUCUCUCCCCUCUCCUCUCUUCUCUUCUCUCUCAGAGCAAUAAUAAUACUCAUACCGUAUGAUCUUUCCGUCGUGAUAAGAAUUUCAAAGGAACGCGUGGCUUCUGGAUGGGCUGUCAAUCCAUUUUCUAGAUCUGUAAGGUUAGGGGCUGGAAGAUCAUUUCUUUCAAUUUCUGCAGGAAAAAUCAAUAAUUUGAGGGGAGAGAGAGAGAGAGAGAGAGAGUUUUUGUGCUUGGGGCGGCGAUUUCCGGUGGGGUUUGGGGAGAAUAGUAGAGAAAAAUGAAGCUCAGAAAGUCAGUGGUGGUGUUGCUGUUGGUGACCGUUCUUGCGCCUAUUGUUCUCUACACCGACACACUCGGCAGAAGCUUCAAGACUCCCUCAUCUGAAAACGAGUUUAUAGAAGAUGUUUCCACUUUUAUGCUGGGUGGAGAUGUCGGACACCUGAAUCUGCUUCCCCUGGAGCAAUCUUCAUCCAUGAGAGAACCAUUGGGAGUCAUUUACAGGGAAAACUCUUCUGGCGUCUCUCUUUCUGAUUCCGAUGCUUCAGCUGGGGAAAGCUCACGCAGGAUCAGACAACUGACUCAAGAAGCAACAGAACACCAAUCCACAGUAUCAUUCACAAGCCAUGGCAGUAAAGAGCAUCACCCUGAGGAUCAAAACCCCAUAAGGCAGGUGACCGAAGGAGGACAGGAAGCAUUUCGUAGCUACAUAACUUCACAGAAUCCCAGAUCAGGUAGCAAAAAUGAAAGCAGGGAACAGCAAAAUAACAACGGAAAAUUGGGGAUGUCUAAGGAUGCCUCCAGCAAUGGCACCAUGAGCACGGAAAUAAAACGUGAAAGGCAAUCUGCUAAAACCUCCAUAAAAGUUUCUAUUGGAGAACCCAUAAAGGGAAAAAUUGAAAACCUGAAUGAUCAACCAGUUAUGCCAGAUGCCCUUGUUAGGCGUCUUAAAGAUCAGCUUAUCCGUGGAAGGCUUUACCUUUCGCUAACGGCUACAAGGAACAAUCCUCACUUUGUAAGGGAGCUGAGGCUGCGGAUGAAGGAAGUCCAGCGAGCACUGGGGGAUGCAACCAAGGACUCUGAGCUACCAAGGAAUUCACAUGAGAAGUUGAAGGCAAUGGAGCAAACCUUGGCCAAAGGAAAGCAAAUUCAAGAUGACUGCACUGCUGCAGUAAAGAAGCUUCGUGCUAUGCUUCACUUGACAGAAGAACAGCUCAGAGUGCACAAGAAGCAGACCCUAUUUUUGACACACUUGACUGCAAAAACACUGCCUAAAGGUCUUCACUGUCUUCCCUUGCGGCUUUCAACUGAGUACUUUAGUUUAAAUUCUUCGGAACGGAACUUCCCCAAUCAAGAGAAACUAGAAGACCCCAGGUUGUACCAUUAUGCUAUAUUCACAGAUAAUAUAUUAGCAGCAGCAGUUGUUGUGAAUUCUACUGUUUCUCAUGCAAAGCACCCUUCAAACCACGUUUUCCAUAUUGUCACUGAUAGGCUCAAUUAUGCAGCAAUGAGGAUGUGGUUCCUGGCAAACCCACCAGGCAAAGCUACCAUACAGGUUCAGAACAUUGAGGAAUUUACCUGGUUGAAUUCAAGUUACAGUCCAGUUCUGAAGCAGUUGAAUUCUCCAGCCCUGAUUGAUUAUUACUUCAAAGCUCGUCAUGCUGAUUCUGAUGCAAGUAUGAAGUUCCGGAACCCUAAGUACCUCUCUAUGAUGAAUCAUCUACGCUUUUACCUUCCAGAAAUCUUCCCAAAGCUCAACAAAGUGCUGUUCUUAGAUGAUGAUAUAGUGGUGCAGAAGGAUCUGACUGGGCUUUGGUCUCUUGACCUUAAGGGGAAGGUCAAUGGUGCAGUUGAGACUUGUGGAGAAAGCUUCCAUCGGUUUGAUCGUUAUCUCAACUUCUCAAAUCCUCUCAUUUCAAAAAAAUUUGAUCCCCAUGCUUGUGGAUGGGCGUAUGGAAUGAAUAUCUUUGAUUUGGAAGAAUGGAAGCGGCAGAACAUCACAGAGGUGUACCACUCCUGGCAAAAUCUGGUGUUUGUUGAUGGCGGAAGAAGUGUUCACACCUGUUCAACCAUCCCAAUGGAUCCUCUUGUCCCUUAAAAGUGCAGAAAGUCCAACUUCGAAAAUUUAGGGACAGUGGGACUUCCUCUCACGAUCUGUGAGCCUACAACUCCCUUCCCUCCACGGCUGUGGCUGCUUUGUUCAGUAGAAUCAGUGGGAAGCUUUGAAGCUGAUAGCUCCUUUGCGAGUACAUCCAGGCGAGCAUUGAUUGUUUCUUGUCUUGCGAGAUUGGCUGCGUGUUCUUCUUGUAAUAAUUGCACUAAUUGUGCUAAUUGUUGCUGAAGUUGAUCUCCCAUAGCCACCUGCUUUGAUACCAAAAUGUUACGGUCCCUAGAGAUAGAUCUGGUGAUGGGACGAAAUACUGUGGUUUCAGAAGUGGAAGAAGGGGUUGGGAAAGAUGUUUUCCUGUGUCUACCAAUGAUGCUGAUUCCUUAGAGAGAACUUGCAAUCUCAUGAGAUAAGUCCUUAGAAACUAGGCAUAAAUUUUUCUCAUAAUUCCAUUGAAUAAGUCAAAUCUCUAAAUACAAGCUUGGUGGGGUAACCACCUCCUAGAAACAAGGAAUAUAGGGAAAGUGGAGGAGUAAUCUCCUCAACUGCAACAUAAUAACUAAUCAGCAAAUAAAUUCAAAAUAAACACUAACUUAACAGAAAAUACAAUAAUUAAUUAAUGAUAACUAAUUCAGAAAAUUUAAUUUCUGAAUUUUCCAUGUGUAAACCGAUGGUACACCAGAGGUUUGCUAACAGUUAGCUAUUCCACAGUUUCAGUUGAAUUAACCAUUUGGUGUUAGUCGUGCAAUCACAUUUCUCCAUUCUAGUGCAUGGUUAUGUUCACAUAUAUUAUUAUCUUAGAAACUUGAGAUCUUCUGUGUUAUUAUUUUCUGAUGUAAGUGAACUAGGUUCACAAGGGUUUACAGGUGCAUGGAAAUUUUUUUUUUUUUUCUUUGCUCGGGUAAGGCAGCAAGUGUAUGGACUUCAAAUACAGAAAUGUUUGAAUAUAAAAACAAGAAAGAUUUUGACUGUUAUGAAUCAGAAAUUCAUAAUAUGUUUAGUCAAAAUCACAUGGCCUGCAAGUGAUGGACGGUGUGAUUUCUGAUUUUAAUUGUCAAAAGGGCUAGGCAUGACUAGUGUUCUAAAAUGCUCUAGGCACUAGUCGGGUGCCAGGCUGGGGCCUAGCGCCUAGGCUGCCUAGGUGGGGCAUAAAAGAAUUAUUUAAAUAAAAUUUAUAUUAUCUCAAAUACAUACAUACAUACAUACAUAUAUGUUCAUAUAUAUAUAAACAAAUCAUAUAUAUAUCGAGGCUAUAUAUAUAUGAAUCUAUCUCUAUUUAUAUAUAUAUAAAGUUAUAAAUAGAUAUUAUAUGUAUAAUAUUAUGCAUAUAUAUAUAUAAAGUUAUUAGCAUUUCUCGGCUCUCAUCAGAGCCUAGUAGGGUGAUCACUACCAUCGUCCACUACAUUGUGACCACAACCCAAGCCGACCCAUGCCAAUUGGCCAUCGUUGCCAUUGCUUCGCCGUUGUUCUAUCAUCAUCUCCUUCCUAUAGCACCGCCAGAUCCGGAUGUUAUGAUUUGGGAUGGAGAUGGAGUCGAGCGACAGACGAGCCCAAACCAUGGUCAGGAGAGGAGAGGAUAUAAAAGGGAGGGGAAAAUCGGGCACAAAAAACACGUCUGGGAGGCGUCGCCUUGGCCGCAUCGACCGCCUAGGCGCCACCCGGGCCUGAUUAAUCAGGCCCGGCGUCUAAGGGGGCGAUUUGAAGGUAUUCACGGCGGCCAGGGGCUGCCUAAUGCCUUGCCGGUGCCCUUUUAGAACACUGAGCAUGACUCACUAUAUGGUAUUUCUACUGCACUACUCUGGUUUUCUGACAAGUCUGAAGCGCAUGUGUUUUUU